AAAUGGCGAAAUCUUAUUCGCUCCGCGUUGAAACAUUGGGAAAGCGAGACCUGCCUGAGAUGGGAGGAGAACGGUCGCGGUAAAGACCACGUCAUAUUUUUCCGUGGCAGCGGAUGUUACUCAAGCGUCGGACGCACUGGUGGCUCUCAAAUGAUUUCAAUCGGCUAUGGAUGUGAAGAUAAGGGUAUUGUUUGUCACGAAGUUGGACACUCCCUUGGAUUCUGGCACGAGCAGUCACGACCGGAUCGCGAUCGCUAUAUAUCGUUGAACAAGCAGUUCAUAAUCCGUGGCACCGAUGGGAAUUUCGAACGACGUACUACACAAGAGAUCGAAGACAUGGGUCUUCCCUAUGACUUGGGCUCCAUUAUGCACUACGGGUCAAAUGCAUUCACAAAGGACUGGAAUGAGAUCACCAUUCGAACUAACGACCCGAACUACCAGCGGACAAUCGGUCAGCGUGGAGAACCUUCGUUUAUUGACGUGAAACAACUCAAUCGUUUGUACUGCAAUGAUAUAUGUCCCCCAAUGGGCUGUCAGAAUGGUGGUUAUCCGGACCCGAACAACUGCAAAAGAUGUAAGUGUCCUAGAGGGCUGGCCGGUAGAACAUGUGAGGAAAUCCCACAAGUAGGUUGUGGCGGCGAAUUGGUAGCCACUCCCAUAUGGCAGGAACUUGGUCAUCGUGGAAAAAAGCGGUGUUUCUGGAGAAUAAGAAUUCACAAGUUGCAGCUCACUCUGAUUCCUGCUCUUCGAUGCUAUUGGGACGAUGCAAUUACAACUAUUGGCAUUCUCGCG